UCUCUCCGGCAUGAACCCACCAUUACUGAAACAGCUCUAUGCAUUUUUUCGCCAUUUCUCAAGAUUAUGAAUUGUGUUUUCUAGGAAUUUAAUAUCAUGUGAGGGCCCUUGAUUUGCUUCAUCUAGUGGUGUAAAAAUAGUACAUAUAAAGACAAGAUCUAGUCUAAUAUUAGCCAUGGAACUUGUAAUUCUUACCCUGGCCCUAUUGAACUAUUUUGGCCAUGUUUACAGUUUUGUAGUGAACUCUAGAUCAUACCACCAUGUUCGGGUUUUCCCUGUGUUACACCCUUGCGCACUGAAUCAAACAGGGAAAACAACUAAGUACACAAAAGAUCAGCUGUUAAACGUAAACAAUCCAAGUCUGAGUGUACCAUCAAAUGUGCUUACUAGUUUGGCCCAGUUAGGAGUUAGAAACAGCUGUGUUUGUCAAUCAAAGGUAGUAAAGAGUGACAAGAGGGGUACGAGAGGUGGGACAAGGAAACAGAGAAAAAUUAUGGUGUGUCAGGGGAUUCCUCGUGACACUGUUUCUAAGAAUAGAACUACGACUACUGUGAACAAGAAAAACCUAAUACAGAUAGACACUCGUAAUGUAUUUCAACAUAACUGUCCCAACUUAAGAAUUGGCUGUAUUAACACCCAGUCGUGCUGCAACAAAACAAACAUUGUAAGAGACGUAAUUGAAGAAAUGAACAUCGACUUGUUGUGCAUCACAGAAACUUGGCUUCGAACAGAAGGCGAUGAAUCUAUCAUAGCCGACCUUCUACCACCCGGCUUUGAACUUAAAUCUUUUUCACGCGGAUCACGUGGUGGCGGAAUUGCUUUUAUUCAUCGGCGAGGUUUACCAGUAAAGUUCAUCUGCGGUGGUCCAUCGUAUCGCACAUUUCAAUCAGCCACUGCUUUCAUCAGAUCAGAGCAACUUACCUUCCGUGUGACAUGUAUCUAUCGACCGCCACCUAACAAGAAAAAUAAAUUUACAAGUAAAGAAUUCUUCAUAGAAUUCCAAGAUCUACUCUUUCAACUAGAGCAAGCUGCCUCCCCCUUUUACAUCAUAGGGGAUUUCAACUUUCACUUUGAUGUUCCAUCUGUUCCAGACACCAAACGCCUUGUUUCAAUUCUUGAUGAUCAUAAUCUACAGCAGCUAAUCAAAGAGCCGACACAUCGUAGUGGUCACAUUUUGGACCUGCUAAUUACCAACACUGCUGACCAACAUGUUCUUAAACAUCAGGUUUUAGAUAAGGCUAUCUCUGACCAUUCUCUUCUGAUAGCUAACAUUAACAUCUCCAAACCAAAACACGUAAGAAGAAGCAUACUUUCAAGGAACACGAGAACAAUAGACACACAGGCACUUCGGGACGACGUAAGCAAAACACUGACAAGUCUAUCCUCCCUAGAUGCAGACACAUUUCAUGACACUCUCAAAGCGGCAAUCGACCAACAUGCGCCAAUGGUAAAAAGAAACAUUUCUUCGAGACCCUUUUCUCCUUGAUUUUCACUUGAAAUCAAAGAGGCCAAGAAACAUCGACGUCAGGCAGAACGCAGGUGGAGGAAAUCAAAACUUCAAGUUCACAGAGACAUCUUUAUUAACCACCGAGACAAAGUCAACUCAAUCAUCGAAAAUAACAAGAAAAGAUACUAUCUACAUGAAUUACAAGAUGUUAAAUCACCCAAACAACUCGUUCAGACUACCAAUGCUAUUCUGGGAAAAGAAACAAUAUCUCCUCUCCCCUCUGCAACAUCAGAUGACGAACUUUGUAGUUUAUUUGUGACUUUUUUCAAUGACAAAAUUAAUACCAUACGCUCUUCUCUCGACCUAGAGCCAAAUGGAAAUUUGGAAUUUUCAGAAUUUACUGGACAAAUAUUAGAUUCUUUUAGUCCAGUUACAAGUAGUGAUAUUUUAAAUUGUAUUAAUGGGUCAACCAUAAAAACAUGCGACCUUGACCCAAUGCCUGCUCAUGUAUUCAAAACCUGUAUUGAUAUUGUCCUACCUCACAUUACUCAGAUAGUGAAUAUGUCACUUGCCACUGGCACAGUACCUAAUACUUUCAAACAAGCUAUUGUAAAA